GUUUCCAUCUCCUGACCUUCAGGUCGUAGGGACCCGCCUGCUGCGGUUUGCUAUUGGUGAGCAGAGCUGUCCUCUGUCAGGACGAGUCGAAGGUCCAGUGUAAAACUGUCUGAGAGCAACGUGAGUCAUUUGAGGAAGACGUCUGCGCGACAGUCAUGUACCUGUACCUCCUGGGGUUUGUGGUAUUUUACUACCUGUACCGCUGGGUCAGGGAGUUGCCCAGGGUCCCCGACAAAGGCAGCAAGUAUGUGUACAUCACAGGCUGCGACUCCGGCUUUGGCAACCUCCUGGCCCGCCAUCUGGACAAGCAGGGGUUCAGAGUGAUUGCCGGAUGCUUCACCGAGAAGGGAGAGGAGGAUCUGAAGAAGUCCUGCUCCGGCAACCUGAUCACAACACACCUAGAUGUUAGGUCUAAGGACAGUGUUGCCAAAGUUGCAGCGAUGAUCAAGGACAAAGUAGGGGAGCGUGGUUUAUGGGCUGUGGUGAACAACGCGGGCGUGGCCAUUCCCUCUGCCCCGUGCGAUUGGCUGACCAUUGAUGACUACAAGUCCAUGCUGGACGUGAACCUGAAUGGGGUGAUUGCUGUGACCCUGAGCGUCCUCCCUCUAAUUAAGAAGGCCAGAGGAAGGGUGGUGAAUGUGGCGAGCGUGUUUGGGAGGAUCAGUGUUACUGGAGGCCCGUACACUGUCUCUAAGUAUGGUGUGGAGGCUUUCAAUGACAGCCUCAGGUUAAAUAUGACGCCUUUUGGUGUCAAAGUCCUGUGCAUUGAGCCAGGCUUCUUUAAAACAAGCGUGACUGACAGUGGUAUCCUGAGUAAAAAUGUCAAGAUGCUGUGGGACAGGAUGCCCCAGGAGGUCAGAGAUGACUAUGGAAUUGAAUAUCUACAAAAGGCAUUAGCAGUACUGCAAGACAAAGUUGCCAAGAUCAGUGAUGGGGAUCUGAUGAAGGUGGUCAGCUGCAUGGAACAUGCUGUAUCCGCCGUGAGGCCCCGCACCCGCUACUCCCCAGGCUGGGACGCCAAGCUUUUUUGGCUGCCGCUGUCAUACAUGCCGGCCUGCGUCUCUGAUUACAUCAUGAUGAAAGAAGGCAUUCCUAUUGCCAAGAAGAUACAAUAAUUUGUACAUGUGUGGGGGUUUUUUUUGUAUUCAUGUGUGCACAUUUUAUGGUCUAGUGUACAGAAGCCUUAUCGGUGACAUAAUACAAUCUGCUUUGUCUCUG